UGCCGUGUGCCGAGUGAAUGAUGUGUGAAAUCAGGUGCAGGAGUCGCUAAUCAACGCUUCGAAUUGGCCACAGAAUCAGAGCCAGCUACCACGGGAUCAUCCUUCGGUGUUCGGUCUUUUUAGUGUGUUGCCAGUUUAGCUGGCGACUGCAGCGGAUUGUUUUGUCCUGAGCAGCCAAUCCAAUCGAAAUACUAACGCCGAGCUGCGGGGACCAUGAGGAGGGAGACGGCGCAGGCGGCGUGGGCAGCAGCAGCAGCAGCAGCAACAGCAACAGCAGACGGCUGCGACUGCAGUAGAGCCGCUCCUGCAUGCAUUGCGAGCAUGUGCAUCAUCUGUAGCGGCAUCUCCAUCUGAGCACCUGAGUCGGAGUCGGCACCGAAGCGUCUGAGUGGCUUCAGCAGCAGUAGCAGCAGCAGCAGCAGGGUGGCGCGCAGUUGGGAAAAUGAGUGCCAGCGAGGCGGCAGCCGGCGAGGAUGUAGUUCAUGGCAGUCAAAGUCGCAGUCGCAGCCGCAGCGAGCUGGACACGGAUACGGCAAAGGCGGAGGCAGCGACGGCGGCCCAUACAGAUCAGCAGGAGGAGCACCCGCAACAGCAGUCGUCCAAUGGUGAGCAAUCGCUGUCCCACAACAGCAUCCAGCCGGAGGAGCAGCCGCCGCCGAACGAGUCGCAGUCACAGUGCAAGACGGAGGCGUCACUGCUGGAGGGCAGGGAUGGCGGCAUGGCCGCCCCCUCCAUUGAUGCGCUGGUGGCCUGCAAGGAUGUGCUGCUCGCCCAGAAGCUAUUCGCGUGUGGCGGCAGCAAUGUGCCCGGACCCGCGCCCGGCUCCAGUGCGGGUGCCAGUCCCAAUACCAAGGAGCUGCUCAAGCUGAAGGAGCCGAUGCGCGUGGGCUUCUAUGACAUCGAACGGACCAUCGGCAAGGGUAACUUUGCGGUGGUGAAGCUGGCGCGGCACAGGAUCACCAAGAACGAGGUGGCCAUCAAGAUCAUCGAUAAGUCGCAGCUGGACCAAAUCAAUCUGCAGAAGGUCUACCGCGAGGUGGAGAUUAUGAAGCGUCUGAAGCAUCCGCAUAUCAUCAAGCUGUACCAGGUGAUGGAGACAAAGAACAUGAUCUACAUUGUGUCGGAGUACGCCAGUCAGGGCGAGAUCUUUGAUUACAUUGCCAAAUAUGGCCGAAUGUCCGAGUCGGCGGCACGCUUCAAGUUCUGGCAGAUCAUCUCUGCGGUGGAGUACUGCCACAAGAAGGGCAUCGUCCAUCGCGACUUGAAGGCCGAGAAUUUGCUGCUCGACUGCAGCAUGAGCAUCAAGAUCGCCGACUUUGGCUUCUCCAAUCACUUCAAGCCCGGCGAGCUGUUGGCCACCUGGUGCGGCUCGCCGCCGUAUGCCGCACCCGAGGUGUUCGAGGGCAAGCAGUACACGGGACCCGAGAUCGAUAUUUGGAGCUUGGGCGUUGUCCUGUAUGUGCUCGUCUGUGGAGCUCUUCCUUUUGAUGGCUCCACGCUGCAGAGCCUGCGGGACCGUGUGCUGUCCGGCCGCUUUCGCAUUCCGUUCUUCAUGAGCUCCGAAUGCGAGCAUCUGAUCCGUCGCAUGCUGGUGCUGGAGCCGACGCGCCGCUACACAAUCGAGCAGAUCAAACACCAUCGCUGGAUGUGCCCCGAGCUGCUCGAGCACGCCCUGAUUGCCAAGUACAACCUGAAUGUGGACAGGCAGACGGUGCUGGAGCCCAGCGAGGACAUACUCCGCAUCAUGGCCGAGUAUGUGGGCAUUGGGCCGGACAAGACGCGCGCCAGCCUCAAGAAGAACACCUACGAUCAUGUGGCUGCCAUUUAUCUGCUGCUCCAGGAUCGUGUCAGCCACAAGAAGGAGCAGGCCCGCCCCGCCGAUGGCUCAGCGGUGCCUGUCAGCAGCAGCUCCAGUCGCAUGCUCUACAAGAGCAGCAAGCAGUCGCUUAGCCUGGAGCAGCAGCAGCAGCAACAUCAACAGCAGCAGCAGCAGAUUCUAAUCCUACAGCAACAGCAGCAGCAACAGCAGCAAUCAAAGACAAUAUCCACCAGCACGAUCCUGGGCAAGGAUCAGCAGACACAGAAAAGACUAAGCCGCCACCAGACUGUGCUGAUGAGCGAGCGCCCAUUGCCCCCCACGGCUGAGCCCAGCUACUACUCCAAGCAGAUGCAGAUGCAGCUGCACAGCCACGGCCACAGCCACGGCCACAACCUGCCCACCCACGUUCCCCCUGGCGCCUAUCUCAAUGGCGAGGAUCCAGCGGCCUGUGUGCCGCUGCCUGUGCGGUACACGCCGCUGCCCGCCGCCCCCAAUAUUUCCUCCGCGACGGCCGUCUCGCGCAUGGGUCGCCACAGCCUGACCUCGAGCGGAGCCUCGCCGCGCAGCCAUCGCCCGUUGGCCAUAUCGCUGAGCAUCGACAACCACAGCCACAACCACAAUCACAGCCCCAACAAUCCCUCACUGGCCAAUCUGCGCUGCCGGGAGCCCAUGGAGCCCAGUGCGGCGGCGACGGCGACGGCGACGGUGGCGGCGCCGCUGGUAUCCAAGCAACUACAGCAGACCAUCAGCGAGUACAUCAUCAAGCAGAGCACCGAGGACUGCCGCCAGCUGCUCCAGCAGUCCACGGCCAUUGCCGAGGGUAAGGAGGAGCUAGCCAGACCGGAGCCAAUGGCAAGUGGCGGAGGAAGAGCCAGCACGCCCACUUCCUCCUGCUCGGCGACAGCCAUAGCCACGGGCAAUGCGCAUGCCGAGGAUCAGAACCAAAAUCAAAACCACAGCCACAGCAACAGCCACAGCCACAGCCACAGCCAGAAGACAAUAAAGGCCAUGUCGAGUUCGAGUAGCUUCGACUCGACCGCCAAUCUGAACCAAAGCUUUCGCUACAAGAUGUCCGCCGAGGCGAACAAGCUAUUCCAGACCCUUCAGGAGAGUCCACUGCCCGUAGAGAAGCCCAAGAGGAGAGGGGCGGCCAGCACCAAUGGCAAUGGCAAUGGCCAUGGCCAUGAGGCUGGGCAGGAGCUGAUCGAGGGCAAGCCAAAUGGCGACAGGCGCAGCGAUAAGAAGACCUUCGAGAAGAAAGUACUGGCCCAGGGCAGCUCCAGCACGGACGAGGGCUGUGAGACGGACCAGGGCAACGAAGCUCCCACGCCCAGUGCCAGUGCCAGUGGCAAGGAAGGCUCCCACGGCAAUGGCAAUGGCAAUGGCAACGGGCACGGCCACGGGCAUAGCCAGACCACAAGGAUGCGUUCCUAUGCGAGCAGCAGCAGCUCCAGCGGUGUGCUCGCCUCCGGCAGCUACUCGAAGAGCCUCAGCCAGAACUUGAGUCGCGGCUCCUCGAAGAGCAACUGCAGCGCCGGGGCCUACGACAGCCUGGACUUUGUGCUGCCCAGCGGCAGCCUGCCCUCCUGCAUGGGAUCCAGCUCGAUGCUGGCCGCCGUUGCAGCCGCCGGCGUAGCAGCCGCCGCCUCCAGUGAGCACUCCUCGGAGCGGUCACUCUACAGCAGCCACAACUCGUGCAUCCACAUGCCCAGUGCCGUCAAUUUGAGUCUGACGGCCAGCUCCACACCAAAUCCCACACCGCCACCACCGCCAGCAGGGGGAGCGGGCGGUGGUGGUGGUCCCUUCCUGGAUAAGCGCUCGCCCAUUCACUUUCGGGAGGGGCGACGGGCGAGCGAUGGACUGGUGGCCCAGGGACUGCUCAGCUCCGGGGGCGGCUCACUUUUGGGCAGCAGCCGCGUCUACGGCAGCUACCGCUACGACCAGGUCAAGCGGCAUGGCUGGCUGGAGAUACAGCAGCUGCAGCAGGAGGCGGCAGCCAUCCAUCAUCCGCAUUCGCAUCAGCAUCCACAUCAGCACUCGCACUCGCAUCCACACCCACAUCCGGCUGCGCCCUACGGCCUGGAGGAGCUCAGCCUGGGCAAUUGUCAAUUUCCCAAUGGUCAAUUCUAUGCGCUGCCUGGAGGCAAGCCACCGCCACCACCACCGCCGCAUCAUCAUCAUCCACUGCUGACGCUCCAGCACCACCAUCAGCAGCACCACCAUCCCCAUCCUGGUCAUGGACUGUUCCAUCCGGGAUCACCGGGUGGACACGUGCCCGUGCCGCUGCUCCUGGAGGCGGCUGGUGGUGACAUUUACAGCCAUGCCGCCUGCUAUGCCCCACCACCGCCACCGCCGGGCCUCUACUCGCAUCAGCAUCAGCAUCAGCUGGGCAUGGCGGUGCCCAUGUCGCCCAUGCAGAAGCCGCCGCUGCAGCAGCAGCUCCUGCAGCACCGCCUGCUCCAGCAAAAGCGACAGCUCUUCCAGAAGCAGUACGCUCUGGAGGCGCAGCUAGCGGGACGCCAUCACCACCAGCAGCAGCAGCAUCAGCAUCAGCACCACCAGACAGCGCACUUCAACCACGGCCACGGGCAUGGGCAUGGGCACGGGCACGGUCAUAGCCUGAACCACGGACUGAAUCUUGGGCUCGGACUUGGUCACGUAUCGCCAGCGCCAAUGCCAAUGCCGGAGCAGCAUCUGACCGAGGAGCUGUACGAGCUGGCCAUGCUGGACCGCCCGAGGAGCGGCACUCCACGACUGCAGCACUCACUGACGAUGCCCGGCGCGCACGCCUUCAGCCAGAUGAACCUCAAGACCUCCUACAUCAGCCAGCCGGCCCAGUCGGAGUCGUCGUCCGGGCCAGGCUCCGGCUCGUGCUCGGGCCCAGGCUCAAUGUCGUCACCCGGCCCCGCAUCGGCAUCAGCGCCGCCGUCCACAGCGCCGGGCACGCCCACGUCGGUCAAGUGCAAGCCAUCAACGCCCCACGGGCACAGCCACGAGGCAGACUAUCAUACAUCGACGCCAGUGCUUAGUUUAUUCACGCCCAACUGGCAGACGCUGGUCAAGCCGCUCAGCGAGAGUCCCAUUCUGGAGAUAUCCGAGCAUAUGGAAUCAGUCUGAAAUGGAUCGUAACUCCCGAGCAGUUGAUGGAUGGAUAAUGGAUGAUGCAUGACAAACGAAACGAAGUUAAACGAACUAAUGGGAGUCCGAGGCAGGGGCAUCCCUUUCUUUUUAUUAAGCUCGCAAUCGCAAUUAUGAAUUAUUUUAUCCAUAUACGAUAUACACAUACAUACAUGCAUACAUAUAGAUGAUAUACACACACACACAUACGUAUACAUAUACAGAUA